AUGAAGAUCUUGAGAGGUAAGUACAACAACUUCACAGAGUUUCUUCGUUUUAGUUCAGGGUUUGGAUGGGAUCCUGAAACGAAGAAAUUUACUGCUACAGAUGAAGUAUGGGAUACAUUUUUGAAGGCUCAUCCAACUAAAACACAUUUGCGUGAUGAAUCAUUUGAAGAUUUUGGGGACUUAAGAAUUAUAUUUGCAUUGAAUACUGCAACUGGACAGAAUGUUGUGGGUUUAGGCGAUGUUGUUGAUACAGACAAUAUACCAUAUGAAGAAAGAUCUGUGCAUGACGUUUUUUAUUCGUUAGAGGUAAGCAGAAGAUGGGAAAAAGAAACUGAAGAAAAAGAAGCUGAUGACAAAGCUAAUAAUGUGUGGGAUGCUAUCAAAGAAAUUCCAGAUUUGACCGAUGAUAUGCGGUAUGAGGCCAUGACAUUGGUUCACAGCUUAGGUAGGAAAUAUGGAUUCGUGCAUAUGUCCAUAGAAGAGCGUAAGGGAUGA